AUGUACUCCAUCACCAGAUACUCAGCCCGUGCUCUACGUACUGUCCCAAGAAGAUCAAUUCUUGCUUCAGCUACCCGUCUAAAUUCAACUGCUGCUCCAGCUGCCCCAGCUGCUAGUGUUGAUCCAAAAAUCACCAAAAUUGUUGAAGAUAUCUCAAAAUUAACCCUUCUUGAAACUGCUUCAUUGAUCUCAGAAUUAAAAUCACAAUUAAACAUCCCAGACAUCUCAUUCCCAUCUGCAGGUGCUGCUCCUGCUGCUGCCCCAGCUGCUGCUGAAGAAGAAGCCCCAGCUAAAGAAGAACAAGAAGAACAAACAAUCUUUUCAAUCAAAUUAGAAAGUUUCGAUGCUAAAUCUAAACCAAAGAUCAUUAAAGAAGUUAAAGGUUUAUUAGGCUUAUCAUUAGUUGAAUCUAAGAAAUUCGUUGAAGCUGCUCCAAAGAUCUUGAAAGAAAAUGUCGCAAAAGAAGAUGCUGACAAGAUAAAAGCUGCUUUAGAAGCUUUAGGUGCUAAAGUUGUUCUUGAAUAG